AUAUGAAACGUGAGUCUGGAAGAAAAGUCCAGACUGGAAACAUCACUGCUGCUAAGACUAUUGCUGACAUUAUCCGAACGUGUUUAGGACCAAGAGCUAUGAUGAAGAUGCUUUUGGACCCCAUGGGUGGGAUUGUGAUGACCAACGACGGCAAUGCUAUUCUUAGAGAAAUUCAAGUCCAGCAUCCAGCUGCAAAAUCAAUGAUAGAGAUCAGCCGUACUCAGGAUGAGGAAGUUGGAGAUGGGACCACAUCUGUAAUUAUCCUUGCCGGAGAGAUGCUCUCAGUUGCUGAACACUUCCUUGAACAGCAGAUGCACCCAACUGUGAUCAUUGGGGCUUAUCGUAAGGCUCUGGAUGACAUGAUCAGUAUUCUAAAGAAAAUUGGCACUUCAGUGGAUGUGAACAACAAAGAGAUGAUGCUUAAAAUCAUAAAGAGUGCUAUAAACACCAAGGCAAUAAACCGCUGGUCUGACUUGGCCUGUAGCAUUGCUCUUGAUGCUGUUAAGACUGUGGAAUUUGAAGAAAAUGGCAGAAAGGAAAUUGAUAUUAAAAAAUACGCAAAAGUAGAAAAGAUUCCAGGUGGUUUUAGUGAAGACUCGUGUGUUUUGCGUGGAAUCAUGGUGAAUAAAGAUGUGACUCACCCCAGGAUGCGUCGCCUUAUUAAGAAUCCACGCAUUGUCCUUCUGGAUUGCUCGCUAGAGUACAAGAAGGGAGAGAGCCAGACUGAUAUUGAAAUAACACGGGAGGAAGACUUUGCCCGCAUCCUGCAGAUGGAGGAAGAGUACAUUCAACAGAUUUGCGAGGAUCUGAUGAGAGUCAAGCCAGAUCUGGUCAUCACAGAAAAAGGAAUUUCUGACUUGGCCCAGCACUACCUGAUGAGAGCCAACAUCACCGCUAUCCGCAGAGUGAGGAAGACAGACAACAACAGGAUCGCCAGGGCCUGUGGAGCUCGCAUCGUGAGUCGCACAGAUGAGCUGCGGGAGGAGGACGUGGGAACUGGAGCCAGGCUCUUUGAAGUUAAAAAAAUAGGAGAUGAGUAUUUUGCCUUCAUCACUGAUUGCAAAGACCCCAAGGCUUGCACUAUCAUUCUGCGUGGAGCCAGCAAGGAAAUCCUAGCAGAGGUGGAGCGCAACCUCCAGGACGCCAUGCAGGUGUGUCGUAACGUCCUCAUCGACCCGCAGCUGGUGCCAGGUGGGGGAGCAACUGAAAUGGCCGUUUCCCAUGCGCUGACAGAGAAAUCCAAAGGCAUGACAGGGGUGGAGCAGUGGCCCUACCGAGCAGUUGCCCAGGCUCUGGAAGUCAUUCCCCGGACACUGAUCCAGAACUGUGGUGCUAGUACCAUCCGUGUGCUGACCUCGCUUAGGGUAAGGCACCAGGGGCUCCUCGGAAGAGAUUCCCAGAAUCGUCUGGGUUGGAAAAGCCUUUGAAGAUCCUCUAGUCCA